AAAACCAUCGUUUCUUCUUCUUCUGAAAAAUCCUUCCAUCGUUCUUAAAAACAAAAACCCUAAACAGCAGCAAUCAUUUCUUCUCAUCGUUUCUCCAUUCCAUUUCAAUGUGAGGUUCUCAUCGUUUCUUCUUCAUUCCAUCGUUUCUUCGUUCCUUGUUUCAGUUUCAUCGGUUCCUUGUUUCAGGUGUUUGAAGGUGAUCGGAGCCGUAACGACGUGACCGGAGUCGUGACGACGUAAUUCCUUUUUCUCAAUUUUCAAAAAGAAUCCCUAAAUUGCAGUUUCGAUUUCUUCCGUCUGAAUCGAGAAGGACUUCAUCAUCAUCACGAAAAUGGAUCGAAGUUGGAUGUAUGAUAGAGUUAACUCCGAUAGGUAUGGUUUAAAAGAUGGUUUUGUUAGUGGAGUAGAAGAUUUUGUCACUAAAUCCAUGAAUCGACCACAAUUUUUAAACGAGGGGGGAUAAGGUGUCCUUGUGUAAAAUGCGGUUGCAUUAUCUUGAAAACGCCUAAUGAGGUCAAACAUCACUUGUACAAAUAUGGUUUUUUGCCCAACUAUUAUACAUGGAUUGAUCAUGGAGAAGCGAAUCAAAAUGUGGACCUUGAUGGUCAUAUUAGUAGCGGUAAGAAUGCUGGUGGAGAUAAUACAGGUGAUGAAGAACAAUUUCAUGCAAGGAAUGAAAUGGUCAACGACUCAUACAAACCCAACCACCACUAGCACAGACAAACCCAACACCGCCACCUAUUGAUCAACCUCAACCAUCAAUCCCGACUUCCGAGGAAUUCAGAUUCAUUCCUACCCCAGGAUAUACUCAUCAUGUUUUGCAAAGUCCUCCCCAUCACACCUCGGAAGAGGACGUUCAAGAAGAGGGUGACCAAGCACUUUCUAACGAGGAACAACAAGAACAAGAUGAUGGGCAGCGACCGAAGAUCUAUAUUGUGGAAGAUACUAAUGCGUUAAGUCCAGGCAACCUUGUUGCCGAAAUGUGCAGAAAAGUUAUAGUAAAGCUUUACCGGGGUACUUUUUAUAAUUAUAGUGAGCUUAAACGCGAUGAAAGACAAGCCGAGAGAAAGGAAUGGUUCAACAUGUUUAAAUCACUUGUAAGCUGGGACCGUUGCGAUGAUGCUAAAAUGGAAGGCUUGUUUCAUCAAAGGUGUGCUGCACGACUGCGUGAUAUAUUGCAAAAGGCUAAAGAUCAGGCGCGCAAGCCGCCUUGGAUGGGUGUAGAUACAUGGGAGUUUCUUCUUGCAAAGUGGGAGACAAAAGAGUUCAAGGAUGUCUCCAAACAAAAUAAGAUUAAUCGAUCAUCAAGCAGAGGUGGGGCAGUCCAUACGUCUGGUCGUAUAGCUCACCAUGAUGUUGCACUUGAAUUGGCUAAAAAACUCAAGCGACCCGCACAUCCGGAUGAGCUCUUCAUUGCCACCCACAAAAAGAAGAAUGGGGAGUGGGUUGACGAGCGUGCAUCAAAAACACAUGAAACAUACGCGAGUAGUGUUACACAAGCCACACAAAGUGGUGAUGAUGUCGAUGGAUCAACAAGAAUACAAAUGUGGAAAGAAGCUGCAGGAGGUAAAACACGGGGGCGGUGUUAUGGAGCUGCACAAUUAGCGCGCAACGUAAGAUAUGGAGUGAGCUUCUUGACAUAGGUGUCAAUUACAAACCCCAAUAGAGAGGCAGAUAACCAAGCCAUUGAGGCUGCCAGAGCUGAAGCUGUUGCAGCACGUGAAGAAGCUGCCCUAGCUAAUGCGCGGACAGAUGAAUUGGCAAAACAAUUUGAAGAUCUUAGGAAAAUGUUUGAUAUGUUCCAGUCUCGUCAGGCAGGUCGACUUUCUACUUCGAGUGAACAUUCUCAUUAUGAUUAUUCGGAGGAAGAGGAGGAUGAGGAAGAUGUUGCUGUUGAUGGUCAUGAUCAGGAUCAAUAGAGUUGAUUUAUGUCUAGAUUGUGUUAUGGUUUUCUUAUGUCUAGUUUGACUUAUAAGUAAACUUAUUUUGGUACACCUUGGCAUGUAUAAGUAAACUCGUAUGAGUAUAAGAUUGUGUUAUAAGUAAUGUUGAAUAGGCUGUUUGUUUUGGUACACCUAUGUUUUGGUACACCUAUUUAUGAACAGGAUGUAUUGUUCUGAUGUUGAAUUG